UAACCAGACGAUGGGAUAGGCAAAUUCAGAACUCAGAGAAGUAGCUCAGCUCGGCCUCGGCCCCGAGAGAGUAGUGUUGAGUGUAGAGAGGUGUAAUUUUUCCGUCCUUCCCCUUGAGCAUUAAUUCUCUCUUUGAAACAAGGAGAGAAGGGUUCAAAAAUGAGCUCAAAAAACAUCGCACCCAUCAUCCUUGUAUUCUUCCUUUGUAUCUCUGGCUCUUCUGCCAUCCCCGGUGGCAAGAAGAUCAAGUACCACAAACCAUGUAAAGAGUUGGUUCUCUACUUCCAUGACAUUACCAGGGACAUUUCAGUUGUGGGUGGCACCGGCGACUUCUUCAUGGCCAGAGGAAUCGCCACUAUAAUGACUGAUGCUUUCGAAGGAGAAGUCUACUUCAGGCUCCGCGUCGAUAUCAAGCUCUAUGAGUGUUGGUAACAUACACCUACUGAACAAAAAAAAGAAAAAAGUAAUGAAUAAAAUUGAAGUCUAGAUUUGUUUUUCAUGGAUUUUAUGCGAUCCAUAUGUAUCAAAUAAAAGUUGAUAUUGUUAUGUUGUAAUAGCUGCUUGAUGGGACUAGAUUUGUUUUUCUCUACCUCUGUAAAGAAUUAAGCACUUCUGGUCUUCUAUGGCAGUGAACGUUUCAGUUGGUAAGAGAUAGGAAAUCUUAAACAAGAAGCAACUUUCCUUCACUCAA